UAUCAUUAUGAAGAACUAUCAAAUGGCAAAGGAUUUAUAAGAGUUCGGAAUUGUGCACCAAUAUGGCAACCAUUUGCAAUGAUUGAUAAACAUCAACCAACAAAGCAGGAACUACAACCUAUUUUACAUAGUUUAAUCUUAUGCUGGUUCAAUAUAAUGCAAACAUUCAGUCUUGGUGAGGCUUAUAAAACUUUUAUUAAAUUUUUGCCACUUACUGAGAUCACAAAAGAAUUUUUGUGUAAUGAUAUAGUUGCGAACUGGUUGUCUGAAGAGUGGAUAGAUUGUUUUAUCGAUAGUGGUCGAAUGCCAUCACUAAAUGAUGUGCCAGAUGUUAGGCCAAUGACUACAAAUAAUCUUACUAAAAGAAUGAAUAAGUCAAUUGAAGAUCAAUGCAUAGGCACUCAGCCAAUUAACUUCAAACCUGUAGUUAAAGAAUUGGAUACAUAUUUCUAUGUGAAAAAAGGAAAUAACAAGUUUCGAUCACCAUACACUAUGAGAGAUAUUUACAUUGAUAAUAAAUUAUAUCAAUUACUUAAACCAAUGCUAGAUAAACUUGCAUCAAAACAUCCAAUUGAACAACAAGAUAACUAUUAUCUUGUUAAUAUUUCUACUAGUGAAUCUCAUUUAUUUAAUGAUGUCGAAAAUAAGAAAAUUACACUUGAUUUUAUAAAGCAUGAUCUUGUGCUAUAUUUUCGUAAUAAGGAACGUGCAAUGCCAAAUAAGCAGAAAAAUUUUAUUAUUUAUAAUAACUCUAUUGAUGCUGCAUUUGUAUCAAGCGUUGGAGCUCCUAAGGUACAUGGGACAAAGCUGCGAAAGUCUAAUGGUUUUGUACCUACAGAAAAUAAAGAG